AUGUCCUAUCAUGUAUCUCCAUCGUGUAAUUCUAUGUGUCAAAAUAAUGGUACAUGUAUCAUUGAAAACGGUUACAAAUCUUGUUUAUGCUCACAAGCAUUUAGCGGACAACAAUGUGAAAUAAAUAUCGAUGAAUGUCAAUCAUCCCCAUGUAAACACGGUGGAAAAUGUAUUGAUGGAUUAGGCCAAUUUAUAUGUUCUUGUCCAAUAGGUUAUAGCGGUUCCUUGUGUGAGGUCAUUAUCGAUCCCUGUUUAAACAAUCCAUGUGAAAAUAAUGGCACAUGUAUUCGUCUUCAAACAUCCAUCUCUUCUUCGUCUUCUCAAAUUGCAAAUAAUUUCCAAUGUGUAUGUCCACCCGAUUAUUCUGGUCGUUAUUGUCAGCUCUAUGUCAAAGAUUAUUGUAUUUCAUCUCCAUGUUAUUCAUAUGCCACUUGUGUAAACUUACCGUAUCCAAAGCAAGGUUAUUUCUGUUAUUGUCCACCUACUCAUCCUCCAUCGACAUCGUGCGAUCGUUCACAUCCAUAUUCAAUUCAAACGUCAAAAUUAUGUGAUCAACGUGAACAAUGCGUUUAUGGAAACUGUACAAACGAACGAUGUUCAUGUUUUCAUGGUUGGACCGGCGAUAAAUGUGAUCAAGAUAUUGAUGAAUGUUUACAAAAUCCAUGUCCGAGACAAGGAACAUGCUAUAAUACGCUAGGUUCCUAUUUAUGUUUAUGUCCAUCAAAUUCGGCUACAGUAUCAUGCCAAAGUGAAAAAUCGAAUGAAUGUAGUGAAUUUAUGUGUUUAAAUGGCGGAACAUGUAAUGUGAGACAAGAUGGAAGUGCUUAUUGUCGUUGUUCACCUUCAUAUUAUGGUUUUUAUUGUGAAUCAUAUAUUGGUAUAAAUGAUCGACUGAAACAAGAUGAUUAUUGUACAUUAAACAAUUGUCCGUCAAAAGCCCAAAAUGGUCAGUGUGAUCAAGAAUGUAACGUUGAAAUAUGUGAUUAUGACAAAGGUGAAUGUUCGUUUAAUCGACAACCAUGGCACAAAUGUAAACAAGCGAAGUUAUGUUCACAUUUAUUUAAUAACGCACAAUGUGAUCUACAGUGUAAUACCAAAGAAUGUUUCUAUGAUGGUGGAGAUUGCGAGCAAAAGCAACAGCUAAUACCGCAAUGCAAUGUAACCUAUUGUGACGAGGUUAUUCAUAACGGACUAUGUGAACAAGAAUGUAAUACAGUACAGUGUAAUUUUGAUUUUGAAGAUUGCCAACAGAAAUCAACAUUUUUCUCGAAUAAUUUAUUAGGAACAAUCGUAUUUGAAGUUAAAUUAGAUAAAAAUGAAUUUGACAAUAAAAAAUUAAAUUUUACAAAUGCUUUAUCUGAUAUACUUCGGAGUCAAGUUAAAAUAGCUUCGAACAAAGAUGGAAGUGAACUGAUAUUGCCAUGGUACAAAGAAAAAGGAAAUGACAAAAAGAAACAAAUGGGAACAAAAAUCUAUCUAAAUAUAUUAAAAAACUCCUGUAACAAUAAAACAAACAAUGAUGAACUGAAUUGUUUUGAUUCAAUUCAACAAGCUGGCGAUUACUUAUCCGCUCUCGAACAACAAGGUCGACUUGAACAUUUACUUCAAGGUGUACCAGUUAAACAUUUAAACAUUGUGCCAGAAAGUGAACAAGUUAAAGACCGAUCAAAAUUAAUUUAUUUACUAUUUUUUAUUCCGUGUUUUCUAUUCAUUGUUGCGUUGAUAUCGUACACAAUCAUUCGUCGACCAAAAAUUAUUCAUGCACCCAUUUGGUUUCCACCAUUAGCAACGGCAGCAACAACGAAAAAUCAGUAUAACAUUGGUAGUGGUGGUGGUGGAGAUGUUGGCUAUGAUAAAAAUAAUAAUAAAAUACAAAAAUUGACGAAAAAAGUUAAUGAACAAGACCAUGAACUACAACAACCGAAAACAAAACGUCAAAAAUUAAAUAAUGAGGAAGAUCAAUAUGUUACACUGCCCACGCCACCAAGUGAACAAUCAACAUCGUUAAUUAAUCAUCCGGGACCAAGCAAUAUAACACCAAUAGCACUUGCGAUUAUGAAACGAAAUCCAUUAGGAAAAGAAGAUUCAACUGAACGAUUGGAACUAGAAUUUUAUAUUAACAAUGGUUGCGAUUUAACUGUUCGAUUACCGCCAAAUGAUGAAACAUUGCUUCAUUUAGCAUGUCGCUAUUCUCGUCUAGUCGCAUGUGAACUAAUAUUAAAAUACGAAGAAGACUUGAUCAAUUCACGUGAUAUCAAUGGCGCUACACCAUUAUUGUAUGCUGUUGGUACAGGUUUAUUGCAUGUUGUUCAAUUUCUUUUACAACAUCCAAAAAUUGAUGUAAAUACAUGUACAUACAUUAAUCAGUCAUCGUAUGAACAACCGUGCGGUGAUAAUCCAUUACGAAAAGCUAUUCGAUUAGAGAUGAAUGAUAUUGCCAAGUGUUUGCUUCUAACACGUCAAGAUAUACAAGUUGAUGCACAUGACAGAUGGGAUAAAACAGUCAAUGGCGAAGAGAAAGAGCCUCGUGGCCGAACUGCAUUACAUUGGGCUGCAUCUGUUGAUAAUGUUGAUGGUGCCGAAUUAUUGUUAAGAAAUGGAGCAAAUAUUGAAGCACUCGAUGAAAAUGAUGAAACACCGUUAUUUAAAGCCGCUGCUUCUUUAAAUUUUGAAAUGACAAUAUUUUUAUUGAGAAAUAAUGCCAAGCAACAAGUUAUUAAUUCAUCCGGACAAACACCUCAAACAGUGGCUUACAAAAAUUAUCUUUCGCAUAAAAAUGAACAAUAUUUACAGAAUAUUAAAGCACAAUCACAAGCUGAAAUUAAUUUUCAAAAAUGGUUAUUCGGACAUUAUCCAUUACCGUGUGAUAUGAGUCUCGAUGCAAAUACAAAUCGUAAGAAGUCGAAAAAACAACAACAACUAAACAGUGCCACACGUAAUCUAUAUAAAAUGGAACUAUCCUCUAUUCCCACACCUCCAACACCUUCACAUUACAUGUUAUCACCGCCAAUAACAUUCAAUUUUCAAUGUCAACAAUCACAUGUGGCAAUGAAACAACAUCAGCAACAACCAUCAUCCUACAAUUCUUAUCCGCCAUAUCCCACAUCAUCGUCGACUAAUCAUUAUUCCAUGUCAUUUUUAAAUGAUUUAUCUUCAUUCUCAACUCCAUCAUCGUUAUAUGAAAUAAAUAACACUGAAUUAUAUUCACACAUUACUGCUCCGUCAUUUUAUGAUUUUCAUUGUGUAUAG